AUGAAUAGUAAUAGUAGUAAUACGGAUGUUUUACUCUCAUCAACGCUGAAUGGAAAUUACAAAUUACAAAAUGGUUGGUCUACUACUACUACUACUGGUAGUAGUAAUGAUACUUGUAGUUCUAAUUCACCGCCAUUGGCAUCACCUGCUCCACCUCCAUUACCGCCUAGACGAUUGUCGACAACAUUGAAACAACCACAACAACAACAACAACAAACGAUGACUGUUAACAAUUCAAAUGUAAACGGAAUAAAUUUGGAUAAUCCUGUGAAAUUGUACACACGUCAUAGUCAAGAUGAAAUACUUCUUAUUCGUUUACCAUUAUGCAUGAAUUCUACAUCACCACAGUACAAUCAUCCUCAUCAACAUCAUCAUCGGGUGGUUAUUGAUGAAAUAAUGAAACAAUUGGGUUUACAUCUUGUCAGUCAAUACAAUACCGAAUAUAAUAAUAUGAUUACAUUGGUUGCUAAUUGUCAAACUGACAAUGAUUGUGGUGGGGGGCUUAAACGUGGCGAUGAAAUUGUACAGGUUGAAGAUAUCAAUGUUUGUGGUUUAGAUCAUGUUGCAAUUGAACAAAUUAUUCAUUCAAAAAUUACUGAAUUCUUAUCACCAUCCUCUGCAUCAUCAUCCUCAUCAUCGUUGAAUAAAAUGACCAAUCAUCAUCAUCAUGUCGAUGGACAAUCAACCCAGUCAUUGCAUAAAUCAUUUAUCACAUUGAUUGUAAGACGAAAUCCAGCUAAUUUAUCUACACUUAUGUCCAUUUUAUCAUCAUCACCGUCCAUGCAGAAUGACACUAGUAAAGUGCCAAUUGUCAAUUCACCAUUGAAUGAAAAUAAUUUCACAAGUAGUACUUCGUCAGAAGCAUUAUCAUCACCGUCGAAUAAUCUCUUACCGACUGGUUCCAAACCAAUUCCACAUACAUUUUUAAAACAGAUUAUGGUUGAAUUAAAUGAAGAUUUUCAUAAAUUUCAAUUGUUCGAUAUUGUUUUAGAGAGAGGUUCAGAUGGUUUUGGUAUUUUUAUUGUUAAUUUGAGUCCAAACAAUGAACCUGGUGUAUUUGUCACUGAAAUUCGUCCAAACAGUCCAGCAUCUUUAAGUAAUAUUUUAGUGCAUGAAGUACACUCUGGCGGUGCAGCUGCACGUGAUGGUCGACUACAAGUUGGUGAUCGUCUAUUAGCUGUCAAUGGAAUUGAUCUACGUGAAGCUACUCAGAAAGAUGCUACAAAGAUUAUACGAUCAGCUGAUGAUUGUAUCCAGCUAGUUGUGUAUAGAGAUCCAGAACCACAAUAUUUAAAUCAAGGAAUGUUUGAAUGUCAUCAUGUUCAUUUGAAACGUGAUAUGCCUGGACAAUGUUUUGGUUUAACAUUAAUUGGUCGACCACAUUAUUCAACGGGUACUGCAAUUGGUGGAAUUACAGAGAAUAGUCCAGCUGCUCGAUCAAAUCUUCUUGAAGUUGGUGAUAUCAUUUUAGAAAUUAAUGGUUGGGAUAUGCGUUUAGCUAAAUCUGAUGAAGUCAUUAAUUUAUUAAAGAAUGCACACAGUGAUGUGAAAUUAUUGAUUGGACGUUACAAAACCACUGCACCAUCAUUGCAUGCUUAUCCUCGAAAUCGAUUACAUGUUUAUGUGGUUGUACUUGAACGUCGUCAGUUGAACCUUUCUGCUGCUGCUGCUGCGGAUGAUCAUCAUGGUGAUCAACAGCAGCCGAAUGUGGAAAACCGUUCUCAUUCGAAUGAAUCCAAUAAUAGUCUUGGGAAUUCAUUGUGCGAUGAGAGUGUUGCACACAAGAAUGAUCAAGAAAUUAAUGGUAACAACAAUAAUGCUGAUGUCAACGAUGAUGAUGAUGAGAUUGCUUCAGCUGCUUUCGGUUUACGUAUUCGACAAGCUAAUACACAAGAAUUAUACGAUUCACAUAUUCAAUUGAUUGUUGAUAGUAUACAACAUAACAGUCCAGCGGAUCGUUUAGGAAUGAUUAUGCCAGGUGAUCGUUUACUAAGUAUCGAUCGUGAACCAGUGGAUUGGUUAAAUCCAAAUGAAAUUAUUCAACUAUUAGCUAAUCUUCCAUAUUGUACCAUUGAAUUAGGUCGUUUACCGUAUUACACUACUGCUACACCAUUAUCAGUUAACACUAGAACUCUAUCAUCAAAUAAACUGCCUGUUAAGCAUUCGCCAUCAUCAUCUCCGUCAUUAUCUCCACCAAUUGAUGAUACAAUUCAACAAGAUGAAUAUCAUGAACUAUGUCCACCAUAUCCACCACCUUCACAAGAACAACUACCAUCACUGUUUGGUGGUAUUAUGAUGCCAUGCAUUGAAACACCCAAAUUUUUACGUGAUAUUAUGUUUACUUUACCAGAGCAACAAAAUGAAAAUGAUCAUGCCAUACCAAUGGAACAUUUAGACAAUUUGAAUGAACCUAAUCAUCAUCAUCAUCAAUCAAUCGGUGAUGAUGAUGAUGACGAUUCAAACAAUGAACAACAUCAUAAUGAUCAACUUGAUUCCAUGUUCAAUAGGAUCAGCUCACCAUCAUCAUCACCGUCAUCCCCGUCGUCGUCAUCGUUAAAUGAAGAUGAAAUUAAAAAAGCCUUAGAAUUAGCUGAACGAAGUAACGGGGGAUUUUUUGUACGACAAAUUAAUUUACCAAUCGCACCAAUUCAUACAAACAACAACAACAACACCGAUAACAACACCAACACCAAACAUAGCAGCAUUCGUUUAGGUUUACGUUUAAUCAAUGGUCCAGGUGUUAGUGGACCAGUUGUUGUACGUAUUGAACCGAAUUCAUGUGCAUCACAAACAAAUAUACACAUUGGAGAUCGUAUUCUUGGAUUGGAUGAUAAACUGCUGCUUUCUUUACAGCAACAACAUCCUCAUUCUCAUCAAUGUUCUGCAGAUGAUAUAUUGGAAAUUAUUGAAAAUGUUUGGUUGACACGUUCAAUGAAUUCUCAGCCAGCUACUACUAAUACUACUUAUGAAGAAAAUCCUUGUUGUUUAACAAUUAUAAGUCAUCAUAAUUUAUCAAAUGAUUCUACUGUACAAGAAAAUCAUGUCCACAAUGAAAAAGACCAAUAUUUCAAUAGAGAUAAUCAUUCACAACGCAAUCAUACACCAAUUACUCAUUCGUUGGAACAAUUACAUUUAACUAAUGGGAAUUAUACUACUACUAAUAAUAAUUGUAAUGGUAAUCAUAAUAAUAAUAGUAGUAGUAUUAGUAUUAGUGGUAAUGGUGAUGAGAUGGAAAAUUCAAGAAAUCACACGAUACUACUAUCUGAUACUACUAUUAAUACUACUCCUUCUUUACCGCUGUCAUACGGAUCGAAAUUAGGCAUACCAAACAAAUUGGAUCAGUUCCAACAACAAAAUGGUACAAGCAUUGAACAUUCCCAGAUCAAUGGUGAACCAAAUCACCAACAACAACAUUCACAAUCAUUAAAUAAUCAUUCAGAUGAAUUGUUAUCACUUGAAUCAAAUCAUGAUGUCAUGUUGUCUCAUGCUUACAAUAAUAAACAAUUGGCUUAUGAAUAAUAAUAAUCAAGCAUCUCUUUAACACUGACAACAACAUCGACGCCAACAGCAAUCGCAACCACAAUACACUGAUGAUUUGUUUGUUUAUUGCUCUCUUCCGCUCCGCCUCCGCCUACUCGUCAAUUUCCUCCCAUCUCUCCUCAUUCUUCUUCUUGUUCGUAUUUUAAUCGUUCAUUGUGUUUGAUAUUGUAUAAAAACGCACACACACACACACAUUUUGGUUUAUUUCGCUUAUUCAGAUUCAGUAUUUUUCUCCUUCCUCUUCCUCUUUGUGAUUGACAUUCAUAUCAGCAGUAUAUAACACUACUACUGGUCAUCAUUGCAAUCAUCAUCACCUCUCUCUCUCUCAAUGCAUGUGCAAGCUUAUUUCAAUUUGACUGGAUUCAUCAAUGUGUGAUACUUGUAAUGUACUAUUAUUAUUUUUUAGAGAAAAAUAAUUUCUUCUCAAUAAUCAAUGAAGAAGGAAGGAGGAGGAUGAUUACUGAUUAUUAUUAUUUUUUAAAAUGAAAACUACUUCCUUUUAUUAUCAGUAAUAUAUAUGUGUAUAAUGUAUACAUGUUUAGUAAUAUGAUUUGUGUAAUUUAUUUUGGUACAGCAUUAUGAACAAAUAGAAAUAAUAAACACAUGGCUAUCACAAAUAUAAAUACAUACAUACAUUCGUAC